ACAGGUGUUCGUAUCUGGGUUUUUUACGUCACCAGAUCUGGAUGUUUCGUAUUCAAGUAGCACUGCUGUGUCUGAUACCAGUUGCGCUAGCAAACCUACGUCUAGUAGCUUUGGUAUUUCGACAUGGUGACAGAUCACCAACAGGAACGUAUCCCACAGAUCCUCAUAAAGACUUUCCUUGGCCAAAUGGUUUUGGCCAAUUGACACAGCUGGGAAUGGUGCAACAGUAUGAGCUAGGAACACACUUGAGGAAACGAUAUACAACAGAAAAUAGUGAAACAUAUUUGUUUGAUGGAUCAUAUUCAAGAAACGAGGUUUAUGUACGGAGUACUGAUGUCGAUCGAACACUCAUGAGUGCAGAGUGUCAGAUGGCGGCAUUCUAUCAUCCUAAUGGAUCACAGGUGUUUCUGAAGAACCUAAAAUGGCAGCCAGUUCCCAUCCAUACUGUACCAAAGGAUGAAGAUAAUGUACUGCAUGCCUUUACUGCUGACUGCCCAGUCUACAAACAGUUUGAAAACAACUUGAUAAAUGACCCUGAUUGGGUACAGAAAAGAAAAGAAAAUCAGUGGCUUCUUGAUUACUUGAAGAACAAGACAGGUGUGACUCACGAGAUGGAUCUGCACGAAGCAGGUCACAUUGGAGGGAUACUGUUUGCUCAACAACAGCACAACUUGUCGCUUCCCUCUUGGUUAUCACAACAGCAAUAUGAGACACUGCUCAACAUAUCUGUAUUUAGAAAAAUGAAGCGGUUUGAAGGCCUUACAGCACACAGACUCACAGCAGGGAUACUGGUAAAUGAUAUUGUGACCAACAUGCAGAAUAAGAAAGAGCAAGGAAACAAUCCAAAUGAACAAAAGUUGUUUAUAUAUUCAGCUCACGACGACACACUGGUUGCCUUGCUCAGUGCUCUCAAUCUGUUUGAUGGUGAGAAUCCUCCAUAUGCAUCAGUUGUCAUGAUCGAGCUCUACUCUGAGUUAGGACAGUACACGGUCAAAAUCUAUUAUCACAAAGGACCAAAAGCAGAUUCAGUUGUAGCACCUCCACUGCUGCCCUUGCCCGGAUGUGAUUCAUCAUGUCCUCUCAAUACAUUCGGACGACUGUUAACUUCAGUUCUCAUUAAUGAGACAGAGUGGAAAAAAGAAUGCCAGUUGACAAGUUCAAGUCAGCCAGUCAGCAUAACCAUUGCACUGUUUUGGCUAUUUCAGCUGCUGAGGUUGCUGUUGCUCUAAUUUACGCCAACAUGAAUGUUGCACAGUUUGAAAAUCACACAAGCACUUCAGUCACUACAGUUGGAUCAUCUGUCACAUGUAGCUGAAUUGAUGUCAAGGAAGGUAGGCAAGUUGCAAAUGUCUAUUCAGACAUGUUGCCAUAUUAGGUGGCUAGCAAUGUUUUUAGAUCAGCGUAUUUUGCUGAACACUUGAUCAAUUAUAGCAGCUCAAUAUAUAGCAGCUCAAUAAUGGUAGUGACAAACUGCUAAACAUGAAGUGACUCUGUCACAGUUUCUGGCCUAUCUAACUACAACAUCUUAGUUGUAAUAGAUAGCUCAACGUUAAUUGAGUCGGAAUAGAUAUGGUAUCUCAACUUGAAAAGAUAACGACAAUACCGCAUUUUCUUGUAGAGAGAAUGCAGGAGGAUGAUCCAAUCCAACUGCUUGUUAAGUGUUUUACUAUGUGGUACACACAAAUUCAAGAAAUCGUGUAGUGCCUUACAAAUAUAGGUAAGCAUUGUUGUGUAUGUUGCUUUGAUGCAUUGAGGUCCAGUACAUGUCUCUUACUACAUGUGUUAGUUAUAAUUGUACUUUAUUGA